AAUCAUCAUACUUGAAUUUUCAGGUUGGUACGAGAUUGAUAGACCCUGGAUAGACCACUUUAUUUCCUUUCUCUUUUCGCUCAUGUCGAAUUCUAAACAUACACCUGAAUCCAUUGAGCUAACCUCUCGUCCUCCCUUUCCAGCUCCAGCUCCGAAUGUGACUCCAGCUCCUACAACACCCGACGUUCCAGAGGCGGGACUCCUAAAUAAUUCCGGUGAAUUAAAUCCGUCGUUACUUCAUCCCGUCGACGGAGGAUUUCACGCAUGGGCUUUUCUCGGCGCGUCCUUUUUGAUAGAAGCAAUCGUCUGGGGAUUUCCUGACGCGUUUGGUGUAUUUUUAGAUGCAUAUCUCACAGAUCCAGCUUACACAUCCCACCCCCAUGCGUCUUCUCUCCUCCCUCUCAUUGGCCCUAUAGCCUCUGGCAUCGUAUACUGCGUUGCUCCGUUUCUUUCUCCACUGAUCAACCGCUACCCAAACCAUCGUCGUACGGCAAUGUACGUUGGCCUAUUACUAUGUUGGGCAUCCCUCUUCGCAGCAAGCUACACCACCAACGUUGUAAUCCUCUUGGCACUACAAGGUGUUGUAUAUGCAUUCGGUGCCGCACUACUGUAUUUCCCUUCGCUUUCAUAUUUGGCGGAGUGGUUCAUAAACCUCCGCGGAUUUGCGAAUGGUGUUUUAUUCGCUGGAACUGGUGUAGGGGGGGUUGUUCCUCCCUUGACGAUAUCGAAACUUUUGAGUAUGUAUGGACCAAACGUGACGGUGAGGAUCUUAUCGGUGGGGAUAGUUGUAUUGCUUCUGCCUUUGAUGCCGUUUGUAAAAGGUCGGAUACCGGUGGGUCUCGCUGGACAUGUGCAGCCGGUUUCGAGAGGAAGUUCGAAUAGUGUGAAGUCGUGGAUGGGGUCGUAUUUCUUCUGGAUAUUGUUGGUCGCGAAUACGAUACAGAGUUUCGCGUAUUUCGUGCCUAUCUUGUGGUUGCCGACUUUCGCGAGUACUCUGAAUUUGGAUAGCACCACGUCUUCAGCUACACUGGCCAUGUUCCACACUGGCUCAGUCAUCGGCCGUCUAACGAUGGGUUAUCUAUCCGACUCCUCCCUCAAGCAAUGUUUUAUCCUCGCAUCGAGCACUCUCCUCGCGACUUCCGUAACGAUAUUUGUUCUCUGGGGCGUAUUUUCGACGAACCUCGCUGGGUUGUUCUCAUUUUGUAUAAUAUAUGGUCUACUCGCCGGUGGCUGGCCAAGUUUAUGGAGCGGGUUCGGAAAAGGGUUGACUUUGAACGACCCGACACUCUCAAUGACACUAUUCGGUAUCCUCUUGUUCACGCGCGGAAUUGGGAAUAUCGCUUCGACACCUUUAUCCGCUGCGCUUACAGGGUUCUCUUCUGCCUCACCCACAACCUCCUUCUCCACCAAUUCAUCCUCUUCAUCGUCCCAAAUGUCUGCAAAACUCGGCUUUAACAUCGCUGGAGGGCGUUUCGCCAGUACGAUCCUGUAUGUAGGGACGUGUUUCGCUGGAGCGGGGAUGAUAGUGCUUUUUGGCUGGGGAAGGGAAGUGUAUUAUCACCAUCAUCGUCGCCAGAGUGCAGGAGCCGCUAGCGAAAAUGUUAUGUAGGAGAAUUCGAAUCUUAACUUUACCUCAGUGGGUGUUGUUGAGAAUAUCCUCGAAUUUUUCCAGAAAUACUUUGUACAGUAUACAAGUAGCUCUGUAGUAGCUCAAGAAUUAAUCUCGAGAAUCUGAAC